CACCUUUUGGUGUACGUGUUGACCGUCAGAACAGUUACUUGACUCUUCACAGUAAAGGGUGGGUUCAUUUGCUCUAGUAAAAAAAAAACAUAGACUACGAAUCCGGAUAUUAAAUAAUAUUAUUGAACUACUAGCUUUGUACGAGAAACACGAAGAAAGAGUUUGACGCCAUUUAUCUGUACAUGAAGAUAUUGACAAAGCAAAACUGCAAUAUGCGGCAUCCAAAAAUAACGCCAAUCGUCAACAUCGUAUCAAUAUUUCAGAACAUUGUUACUAAACAAGUACUUUACUCAAGAGGCAUAACUAUGGUACCGCGGAACAUACUUCUUCAACUUCAAUUCGCUUCGCAAACUCAAGUUCCAAAAGGAACGCUUCCUGCUAAUAUUCGUAGAGAUUAUUGGAUGCCUGUAUUUGUUAGUUGUUUUCCUACCGUCUCAGAUGCUGACCAUGUGUACGAGAACUUGCUUCGGUACCGCAGAUUGCGAGCACAAUUAUCUUCUAGGAAUGCCUUGUUAAGAAAACGGAGAACUGAAGAACAAUCGGAUUCACAGCUCUCCGCAAGUAUUGCAGAUUUUCAUGACAUUUUGGUGAAGAGGCGAUUCCCUCCUAACUCAAUUCCCCUACUUUGGCCUAACAAUCUGCUUCAAGAACGUAUAACGGAUUGGCCUGAGUGUGUUUUACACAAAAUACUGAAUGUUCCUUCAAGUAUACCAUUAUCAAUAGACAAAGAGAAACUCCAACAAAUUCUCCUCCGAAAUGGGUCGCUACCUCAAAAUGAUGAUUAAUUAAAAAUGACAUUUGUGCUAAUAAAUUAUACUCUAGAUAUUAAGGCGGCACUGAAAGGUUAAAGGAAUGAUUAGAGGGCUGUAGUCACAGUAAGACGUUUGGACUGUACCAUUGCACAUGGAGGCAAGCCCUCAAGGAGGGUUAAAAGCUCAUCAACAUAAUUAUCGGACAAUUGAGGACUUUUAUGUGUACCUGCAAUAGGGGUCGGCAAACUGGUGAACAGAACAGCAGUUUGGCGAGUGUGUCUCAAAAGAAGCUCAUUUAAGAUGAUGUACUGAGCACGAGCGGAUAGAUCGCUAAACACCAGGUGCUCAUUAACGUCAAACAAACUUUGCUCAUCUAACUCUUCUUUGGGUGACUCAACUUGUUGUUCCCCAAAGGAAAAACCUUCUUGAAUGUUACUGUGACCGAAAGCGGUUGUGGCUGAACGUUCAUGAGUUCUUCGAGGUGUUUCAGCGGUCGAGUUAUAAAAUGGCUGAGAGAAACUAUGCGCACUCAUAAAUGGAUAAGCUGUGCCUAAACGAAUGAAGAGACUUGCUCUCAAAGGCGAAGUCAGGUGUUGCAAAUCAAGACUCUCAUGAGUAGGAGAACUUACUUGAGUAGAAGUUGGACGAGAUAUGUGCGGUACACGUUUAGAGGAGCGUUGUCUGUUUAACUUAAUCCACCAAGGAUCAUUUUUUAAACGAUUCUCUAUCGAUUUCUUAUCGCUGGCAGAGACUGGCUUAUUCUCAACAAUGUAUUUGUAAGAUACAAGAUCACAGGAUUUCAAACAUAAAACCACAAUUUCCGCCUUGAUACGAAGCGAGAGUAAAAUGUUUGAGAUUUUCUCAAACUCGGAUUUUAUAUCAUACUCGUUUUCAACAAGCACAAAAGUCCGUAAACAGCAAUUCUCUUUCCAAUCGCGCGCGGUAUGUAGAAUCCAUCCAAGUUGACAGACCAUAACAUAUGUUUCGACAUUCGUAAGCAGAACAUUCUGUCUUCCACUACUGGAAAGAGUGGGAUUCGAUACCAUAUGAAUAGGAAACAUGUCGAUGUACUUUUUUUCGCUGUUUACGACAGGCCAAUGCAGCUGGGAAAAUCCAUAGGUUACCAUUACGUCUAAUGUUCCAACAAGCAUAUCUUCCAAAAUCUGGACCCAUUGAGUAGGCGAAAUAGCAUGGUCAGCGAGGUCAUCCGUGCCCGCAAGAGAGGGCACUCCUUCUGGAGAUGGGGGUACACCUUCAUUAACUUCUGAAACCUUCGGAAGAGAAUCGGUCGCUGUGUGAUUUUUAUAGUCCGUAUUUAUGAACGUUAGAACAGCUAUGUUGGGACGAAUACCCCCUAGACCAGCCGAGGAUAUCAGUGUCCGAAUGCCCCAAACUUCAUCUGGGGCAACACAAAGCUCGACAAAUGCCUUUAUUUUCUCACUCAAAAUAAAUUCGUGCCAUACGCGUUGUUGCUUCUCUAAUUCGUGCAUGCUGGAUUGAAAAUCCUUGGAAACGAUGACAUGUCCAAGCAUAUAAAGAGAACCUAAUAGUUAGAAAAAUAAGAAGUAGAAAAAUAAAUGCUUACCCUUCUU